GGAAUAUUUCAUUUGAAAUCAGUUUCUGGAGAACAUUUCGUCGGAUUGGAGCCAUUUGCGUUGUCGCUACCGCGCGUCAAAAUAAAAGUACCAAGAAUUUAAGAACACAAACACCAUACAUAAACACAGACACACACGCAUAAUAAAGUUUGUGUGCCCAUAAUAAUGUCAUAAAUAAAUACAAACGGAGGUAACCCAUCAACUCAUUCACUCCGCACUCCAACAAACGACCGAAAAUUUAACACCAUUUUCGGCAACAAAAUCGAAUAAUCUAAUUCCGAAUGGUAACAGCAAAAUUUAGCGAGCAACCGUGAGUGACGCUAUUUGUGCUUGAUUGUUUUAUGUUUUGUUAUUUAAAACAGCGAGAGAAAGAAUUCUGAAUCGAUCCAGUGUUUUGAUUUUGAUUUGUGUAUAUUUAAAUCAAUGAACUGAUUCGCUUGUUUAACAUUUGGUGGCAAAUUUAAUUGCGAUUAUUGACUUAUUUUACGCUUGAUGUCAAGUGCAAAUUCAACAUUGUGAACGAACAAUAAAAAUCAAACGAUCGUGAACUGAAUCGAAGAGACAAGAAACAAGAGAGAAAACGCGCUCGAUUGCAUUUGUGAACGUACAAUUAUUAGAUGCAGCCAAACAAAACUGACAACAACAUAUCGAUAGAAAUUUGUAUGAAAGAAGAAAAAAUGAACCGUGUUUGUUUACCUCGUUCUCUCUUUCGCGUUAUGUGCAUAUAUGUGUGAAGAACUGCCAUUCCAUCGAAGACCGUAUCGAUGUGUUGUUUCUUUUUUUCUGCAUGCUUGCCAAACCGAACAUAAACACACGGUACAUGAGAGACGUAAAACAAUGUAAAGUUAUAAUUCAAAAUAUAUACAUGUAUGAAAAAGAAAUAACAGUUUUACGUAAACUUUGAAAGAACGAGAGAUAUAUUCUCAAUUCGGAAGAAACUGAUGCGUGCAUUAUGUGUAUGUGGAUUAUUGUGCGUGUCAAAUCUCAAUAAAUCGCAUUUAACAUCUGAAGAGAGUGUGAGAGAGCAAGUAAGCGAUAGCGCAAGAGAGAGAGAGAGAGAUGAGUAUGAAAGAAAAUUGAAUCUGUCGUAUCUACAAUGUGUGAAACAAACUAACAAUCGAUUCAAGUGCAUGCAAUGAACGGGGUCAGAAGAGAAGCAUAGAAAUAAAAACAACAACAACAGCACACCACACAAACAGACACACAAUAUAUGAAAAUUCGUCGAAUGGAUUCCAUUCAAUGCAAAGAAGUUCAUUAAGUGUUUGUUCACUUCAAUCAAUUCGGUUCAUUUGGUGCUAUUCAACACACAAUUUUCACAUUUAUAGAAAACACAAACGAAGUAAAGAGAGCGACUUGGAGAGGAAAAAACAGUACAUAACACUAAAUAAACAUAGACUAAAUAGAGUUGAAGUGGCAGUAGCCGAACCGAUUGAAAUUGGUUUUCAUUGUCACACAAAUACACUACUUCUAUACCAAAUUCAGUUUGGUGGUGUGUUUUUUUUCGUCUCUUCGUUUGUGGAGCAUACUGUACAUAUCAAUAUUAUUUUGUGUGUAAACAGGAAACAGCGACAUAGACAUUUCCGAAGGUUUGAAAAACCUUUUAUUUUUCUGUUUAAAAAAAAGCCUGAGUCUUAUCAAGAAUUUCGCUAUGUUUGGUUUAUCGGUUGUUAUUAAAACUUCUUAUCGACGGUAAAUGAAGUGACAAACGUGUCAAAACUGAACUGAUUCGAAAGCAAAUAAAAUACCGAUUCAUUGUCUCAUAUUGUUUUGGAGCGCACUUGCGUUCGAUCGUACGUACGUCAGUUGUACCGACUGUCCGUCCGCCCGCCACUGAUCGAUUCAUCGCCAGAUAGACAGAGAGACACACACACACAAACACCGGAUCCCGAAAGGAGCGCGCUGCGAUGAAAGCCAAAGGCGUUGAAGUGUAACGAUUUCAAUGCAGGUAUGUGUGUAUAUUUGCCUAUUGUUGUUGUACCGCUUGUGAAAUAUCCAUUAGCAAGUAAAUAGUUUGAUUUUGUUUCGGUUAGCUACUAAGUGCUAUUUCGCACUCGCUUCAUGCGAAAAUUCGAUUUUGCAAAAUCAUUGUUGUAAUCGAAUAAGUGAGUAUAGUCGGAGUGUGUGUGUGAGUUUGAGAGUAUGAUUGUGUCUCGCAGUCGGAAUAAGAGCAUUUUGGUCCGCAAAAACCAUGUCGCUUAAGUAAAGAAGCAACACUUACUGCUCUUUCUCUCUCUCUCUCUCUCUCUCUCUCUCGCUCUCGCUCUCUAUUGAAUUGAUAAUAUUUGAGACGAUGUUGGGUUUGAAUUGAAUCGAAUUUUCGGGUGGAACGAAAACACCAAUGAACCAAAAAGAGCAGUUGAGCAUAAAGUGCAACAUUCCAGUUUCGAGUACAUAACGUAAAUGGAUUGAAGCAUGAAUUUUCCCCAAAAUGCCCAUCAAUUGACAAGAUUUAACAGCAACAGCAGCAGCAGCAGCAAACGUCAAACAUCGAAUGUUUUGCAUUUGCAGCCACAAAUGCUCAAUCUUCUUCAGAAACAACAACAGCAACAGCAAAAAUCGAGAAUAAUCAGACAUGGUCGGCGAGUGAAUGCUAUGCACCCGCAUUUGAAAUGCAACGACAACAGAUUGAAGUGACGUUUCGACAGCAACAAAAACACCAACAACAAUAUUACGGCUCAAAUCCAAAGAUGAGAGAGCCGAACACAGGAGAAAUUAGUCGCGACACUAAAUAAAGAAAUAAAAAUGACAAUACUCAAUGGCAGUGCGAAAGAGACCGAACUACCUAACCUAUAGCAUAUUUCAUAGCAAUCAUAUACGAUUCGAUUUUAUUUUUUUUUUUUUUUGAUUCGGGAAAGUUACGGGCACGUCGUACGUAUAUUUCGAUAACCCGCUGCGAUGCACAUCGUUGUGUAUGUGUCACUUUUGCUGUGCUCGCGACCGUAUGCGUGUGAGUGUUUGUAUGUGAGUGUGUGUGCAUUUGUAUUCUAACGAGCCCGAACAUCGGUUGUGUAUAUACAAUAUACAUAUAUGCAUUACUACGAUACACAUAUACACAAUGGAUACGCAUGUGGGAUAGUUUAAUGUACGAGAGUUUAACUUGUCUGGCCAUAUUGACGUAUUCCCUACACACUCCAUCACACACUUAUGAACGCACACGUCCGUCGUCCGCGUAUGCUCAUUCUCGCUCAUAAGUGUGUGUGUGUCUCUCUGUGUGUGUAUGUGCGAGAGUAUGGAAAACGCAUUCUGACAACAAAACAAACCGGAACUUUUGGGGCAACGAACAUUCUGUUUGACUAUUGGUGUGGCUUGUGCUGAGCCAUCGAAAAUCGUUGAAAUUAAAUGAGUUUCACCAUCAAAUUAGCAGACAGUGUCUACUAGACACAGAGAAAAAGAAAAUUGUAGUAACAAUUUUGAUGUUUGAAUUUCAUUGAAUCAUGUUUCAAAUUAAAUCAGCCGUAAAAAUGACCAAAAACCCUCUACAAGUCAAUGAUCAUCGUUACACACAACUGAACCAACCCAAUUCGAUACCGCUAAAGAUUUGUUGUAUCUAUUUUGUUAGUCAAACCGAAGCGAAAUGGCAUCAAAACAGAAAUAAAGAAGAAAUAUGUGCACGGCUUAGUCGAAUAAACCGACAAGCUCACAGCUCAGUUGAUUGUUGACCGUGAUGUGAGGCUGUGUGGCCGACGACGUGUGCGUGUGUAUAUUAUACUCGGUUUGCGGCAUUUAUUUUCCUCUCUCCCAAUAAUUCCAUUAAGAAGUUUUACAUUAAUUUCGAAAACGUCAAAACUAAAAUCGCGAAAAGCGAACAAAAAAAUUGCCCAUCAAUUAAAUCGUUUAAAUUGCAUUAAACUGAAUAAAUGUAGUGAAUUAAAAGACGGAAUUUUUUUUUUGUAUUAGAUCAAACGCAAUUGAAACAAAACAGCAACAACAACAAUCUAAGAAAAUAUACGUUGUGAUUCUAAAAUGAAUAAUAAUACGAUUCAAGCAUAAAUAGACGAUCGUACAGACGAGAAAAGAAAAAAAAACACUUGAGAUGAAAGAUUUUCCAUGGAUGUUUGAUUGGUGCAGUUGAAAUAAAAGAGAGUUAUAGAAAUUGUGUUCAGACACACAUGGAAAUCGAGUGUUGUAAAUGAUUCAUUGGAGAGGAAAACGAUUUCUUUCUUCUCGUCGAUUGCUCGAGUUAGUUAGAUAGAGCAAGAGUAAAUCUCUUGAUGCUAAGUGUCAAGUGAAUGUUGUGUAUGAAUUACAAUUACAAACCAAAUAACCAUUCGAGUUUUGUUUUGGACGAGAGAAAGAGAGACAGUAAAGCCGUGAGAGAGUGGAUACUUUGGCAUACACGAAAAAAAAAAAAUUGAAAUCGACUUGAACAGGACUUUAUAUUUAGAUCGCCCCAUUGAAUAGCCAACAAGAGAUUGGCGAUCAAACAAAACUAUCAAGCGCAAAUGUCGAUGUUGUUGUUGUUCUAAUUGAACAACAAAUCAACGUGCAGUGUUUGUAAACGGUCCUCUGCACCAGCCGUAAUCCGUAUGGAUUUUUUUUUCCGUUGAAGAUGAAGAAAAAAAAUGAUGUUCAUCAUGGAAAUAAAACGACCGUGUUAAAUGGCAGACAUUGAGAUAUGUGGAGUGCAGCUGAAUGUUGAUAAUGAUUUCCACAGAAUAAAAACGACGAAUCGAAUUUGUUUUAUCGAUGAUCAAGUUCCAGUAAAACGAUACUGUUGGUUGGAAAACGGAAAAAGUCAAAAAGCGACACGCAUUACACAGACUUUUACUAAAUCGAAUUAACUACCGAUUGAACAACUGAUAUUUUUUGAAUCUACGGACAAGAAGAUAACGCAGAGAAAACAGAAAAAAAACAACAAAUCUACAACAAUGACGUACAAUAAAUUCAUGACAAUUUUGAAGCUCAUCGGUGUGUUAGUGUGCAUUGUGCGAGCGGAUAAUGGAAUGCAAGGUUUGGGUGUCACACCAAUACCACAAAUGCCACCAGUACCACGCGAUCCAAAUUCAAGAUGCGAAGAAAUUAAAAUCCCAAUGUGCCGUGGAAUUGGCUACAAUUUAACAUCAUUUCCGAAUGAAAUGAACCAUGACACGCAAGAGGAAGCCGGUCUUGAGGCAAAUCAAUUCUUUCCAUUGGUGGAAAUGAAAUGUUCGCCAGAUUUACGAUUUUUCCUAUGCUCAUUGUAUAUGCCAAUAUGUAUUGAAGACUAUCACAAACCAUUGCCGGUGUGUCGAUCGGUAUGCGAACGUACACGAGCUGGAUGUGCACCAAUCAUGCAAAAAUAUAGUUUCCCAUGGCCGGAAAGAAUGGCAUGCGAUCGAUUCCCGGAGUAUCAAGACCAAGAGGUGCUCUGCAUGCAACCGGAUAAUUAUGCCAACGAAAAAGAUACAUCACGUUCGGGUGAUAUUGAUCGAACGAGCAGUGGCAAUGGUCGCAAAACAUCGACAUCGAACAAAUGCAAGGGUAAAAAUUGCAAGAGUUCAGGCACGACCAGUUCAAGUGAUCGGAAUACAGGCGUCACGGCUAAAACAUGCGAUUGCACAUGCAAACCACCAUUGGUACCAAUCACCAAAGACAGUGCACUGUACAACACAAGCACAACCAGAAUCGGAACCGUUGAAAAUUGUGCGGUCCCAUGCCGUGGCGCAUUUUUCACACGAGAAGAAAAGGAUUUUGCUGGCCUUUGGAUUACAUUGUGGUCGAGUAUGUGUUUCAUUAGCACAUUAAUGACAUUGACCACAUUCAUUAUUGACACGGAACGUUUUAAAUACCCUGAACGACCCAUUGUAUUCUUAUCGCUUUGCUACUUUGUCGUUGCAAUCGGUUAUUUGUACCGUGUAUUCUUGGGUCACGAUGAAGUCGCAUGCGAUGGUCGCAUCAUCAAGUAUUCAUCAACUGGUCCAACAUCAUGCACCAUGAUCUUUUUGGUGACAUAUUUCUUCGGUAUGGCCUCAUCGAUUUGGUGGGUGAUUUUAUCGUUCACCUGGUUCUUGGCCGCUGGUUUGAAAUGGGGCAAUGAAUCGAUUGCAAAACACUCACAAUAUUUUCACUUGGCCGCCUGGCUCAUACCAACCGUUCAAACUGUUGCUGUUGUCCUGGUUCAAGCCGUUGAUGCUGAUCCCGUGGCCGGAAUUUGCUAUGUGGGCAAUCUCAAUAUGGAAAAUCUCAAAACGUUCGUGUUGAUACCGUUGGUCAUUUAUUUGGUAAUCGGUACAUCGUUCUUGGGAGCUGGUUUUGUAUCAUUAUUCCACAUUCGAUCGGUGAUCAAGCAACAAGGUGGCAUUGGCGCCGGUGCAAAAGCUGACAAAUUGGAAAAGCUUAUGAUUCGUAUCGGUAUAUUCAGUGUAUUGUACACGGUACCAGCGAGCAUUGUCAUCGGUUGCAGUUUGUAUGAAGUGUAUUUCUAUGAUGAUUGGAUGGCUUCACUGACUUGCCCAUGCCGAGCAUCGGCUGGAGUGCGUCGCAAACCACUCUACUCAUUGCUUAUGCUGAAAUACUUUAUGGCCCUAGCGGUUGGCAUCACGUCCGGCGUAUGGAUUUGGUCGGGCAAAACGCUUGAUUCGUGGAAACGUUUGUGGCGCCGAAUUUUCGGUUCACCCGAUCGUAGCGGUGCCAAUCAAGCACUGAUCAAACAACGAGCAGCCGUUCCAUAUCCGUACGCUGGCUCGGGCAUCGGAGUACCAUCUGGUGCAGCAUCAUUGCUUGCCACGCCGUACACACAAGUAGUUGGAAGCGUUGCAUCGACUAGUCAUCACCAUUUGCAUCAUCAUGUUCUAAAACAACCGCCAGCCAGCCACGUAUGACCUGUCGAGAUUGGCGGCACAUCAAUGACCGGUGGAACAGUCAAAACCGGUUCAGUUAUUGAUCCACGAGCCGUCAGUGUAGUUGUGACAUUACCAUCUGGACAGAUGCCCGGUCAGGCAUUGAGCGACUAUGGACCUAUAUAGUUUAAUGUGACCUAUGCCGCUAAUGUGACAUGAACAAUGAAUUAAUAAAUCUUUAAAUAUAUCUCAACACACCACAAACACACAAACACACACACACACGAAUCAUGCCGAUAUUGUCUCAAAUUUGUAGUAUGACGCAUAGAGCAGUCAGGUUAACUGUCCAAUGAACAAUAAUACAUAACAAAUUCAUUUUUUCCUCGUGACAACAAUUUAAUUAUUUAAUUUAAAGAUGAAGAAAAAAAAAAAACCAUGAUUCUCCAAUUCGAUUAUUUUACUGUGUAAAGUGUUCAAAAAUAACAAGAAAUGUGACCAGAGAGGAAAAGGCAAGCACAUGAAAAGGGAGGUGCAACUGAUAAUUUACUUGAAGAAAAAAAAACGUUGAUGUUAAUCAUCAAUAACAACAACAAAAAAAGAGUAUUAGAUGCCAUAAUCAAUUUAAGUCUUUGCAAAAAUGAGCAAGAGAUUGUCAAAAGCUCGUGUGAUGCGACGGCAAAACCAAAUAAAGUCUGGUCAAGAAUUUUAAGGAAAUUAAUUGCACUUGAAUUAAGACCGAGAUUUUAUUUGCGAAUAUUUUGUGUGAUUUCGUCGCAUCAACAACGGAACGAAGACGAUGCUGAUGAAAGUUUGUAAUCAAAUCGACCAAAUUUCGGUCGUUAUUGAGCAAAAUGCAUAUUUUUUAUAAAUAAAAUACAAGAGAGAAGAAUAACAACAAAAGAAUAAUACACACGGAAAUAAUGGUUAUUACUUUUAAGUAAGGAUAGAAGUAGAUUUGCAUAGAAGUUUAAAUAUUUGUAUAAUAUGCAUAAAUGUUUGUACUUUAGGCCCACCCUGAGUUAGGCAUGUGUGCGUAUAUGUGUGUGAUGACCAUGAAUCGUCACGCGAACAUACAAGCACAUCGCAGCCCAGGGGCGGAACACAAAAGUAAUGUUUACCAAAUAUCAAUCAUCGGUAACAAGCAGCUCUCUAGUCCAUAGCACUAAUGAAUGAAAAAAAAAAAUAAAGAUUGAUGUAAAUCAAAGAGAACAAACAACAAA